AUGGGAGUUCCUGGCUUCUACCGCUGGGCUGUCAGGAGGGUGCCAUACCUCCGGGCCAAAAGUUGUGGCUUGCCAUAUGAGUUCGAUAAUUUGUACCUUGAUUUCAAUGGGGUUGUGCAUGGCUGCGUGAAUGACUGGAGCCUUCAAGAACACGAAGAAUUUCUCUUCCGCUUGGUCGAGACCUUGAGCAUCUUGAGCAAAGAGAUGGCUCAGAGAUUUCUUGGACAGGCUCAGCUCGCAGUUCUGCUUUCCAUCGUCAGCCCGAAGGUGCUGCUCUACAUCGCCCUGGAUGGCGUUGCGCCCCGGGCCAAGAUGAACCAGCAGCGGUCCAGGCGUUUUCGCAAAGCUCAAGAGACGGACGCAGCAGAUGGCCUGGAUUCUGUGAUCGAGACCUUUGAUCGAAAUGCGAUCACUCCAGGGACUCCUUUCAUGCAGCGCUUGUCGGAUCGACUUCGGCGCUGGGCGGAAGCCCAGGCGUCCAACGACCUCCAGGGGGUGACCAUUGUGAUCUCUUGUGAUCGAGACCCAGGUGAGGGUGAGCACAAGAUCAUGAAUGUGAUCCGAAAUCAUCCAGAGCACACGCACUGCCUUUGUAGCAACGAUGCAGAUUUGGUCUUUUUGGGUCUGGUAUGCAGAUCUGAGCAUGUCUACUUGCUGCGCACGAAACCCAACUAUGAGAAGAAAGUUCGCCCGGAGUCCGUUGCUCAGGACCUGCUGACAUUUGCGUUGGGUCACGACUCUGAUCAGCGAGAACCUCUGUUGGAAGGCGCCUCACAACCGGCUAUUGAGGACUACGAAAUGCUGAGCAUCGUGGCCCUUCGUGCUUGGUUAUGCAGCCAGUUUCCAGAUUGCAUCCCGCAUCGAUUGUUGGCUGAUUUCGUGGCGAUGUGCUGCCUGGUCGGGAAUGAUUUCCUGCCACACAUGGCAGCGCUCGACAUCUACGACGGGGGUUUGGAUAAACUACUGGCGGCUUAUUAUCAGCUGCAUCCCGCUCAGAAUGGGUAUUUGACACGAGAAGACUUGACCCUGGAGUUGCCACGUUGGUCUGGCCUGCUCGAGCAAGUGGCGCAGGAUGAAUGCGAAUUGCUGCUGGACCUGGUGGGUCUUGGUUUGGGACCAAAGCAGCUCCCCUACCGGGGCCCUGGACCUCCACCGGUGGAUUGGGAUGGUUUGUCAGUGGCGGUGUGGAAUGUGCCACGCAAGACCACGCUGGAAGAAAUCCUGGCUGCCAUGACCAGGCAAGGCUGUGAGGUUCGAAGUGCUCAUCGAGUUAAACAGCAGAAAGGCGCAUCCUGGCUGGUCCAUUUCUGCGAUGCAAAGUCAGCAGUGGACACACUGGUGUCCACCCGGCGAAUCGAAACCCAGCGCUUGCAGUUGACCUGGGUGAAGCCCGACACCUUGGAGUUGGAAGAUCCGCAGCCGGCUUCGGCCUUUCAGGUGGCUGAGUGGCAACCUGUACUUCAUAAGGCAGUGCGAGAGAGCUUUGAGUUCUGGCUCUUUGGCUUCAGAAAUGCUGCUGUCAGUCGAACCUGGUUGGGUCCAAACAACUUGCCCAAAGAUGCAUUUCUGCGGCGGCACGUGCGAAAGCGUCGGGAUCGCUUCGUCCCCCUGCGCGUCUUCGCGAUGUUCCGACGGCUUCGGGUGUGGAUGCAGGAUCUGACACAACUGGCGGAGGUGUUGAGGAGCUCAACGCUCUUAGAUAUCGAGGGCGAAGGUCGACAAGCCAUGGUCCGGAGGAAAGAAGAUUACAGCCGAAGAGCGGAUGAGACUGAAGAUCAGGCCGAGCGGCAAAAUGCUUGCCUGGAGCUUCUGGCAGCUGGUCGAAAUGUCGAGGCCGUUCAGAAGCUGCUUCCUGAAUACAACACGCGUUACGGGGGUCCCGUGGCUGCUGGCUCGCCGCCCAGCGACGAUGCCGAUGCGGUCAUGCAACAUAGAAGUAUCGCCUUCCUCACUGGAAUCGAAUGGGUGUUGCACUACUACGUGGAAGGCUGCUCUUCUUGGUCCUGGUUUUACCCUGCGCACUAUCCGCCUCUCUGUGCAGGCCUCGCCUUUGUGACCAGCAUUCCCCGGCCACCCUUGGAUGCGCCCGUGGCCCCCGAGCUCCAACUGUUGGCGGUGCUGCCGGCGCAGAGCGCGCUGCUGCUGCCAGAGGUGCUGCGGCCCUUGGUGGAGGACAAUUCAUCGCCCAUCGCCGACUUCUACCCACGCGAUUUCGAGCUAGACCUCAAACCUGGCGACAAAGAUUGGCAGGCUAUAGUCCUGUUGCCCUUUGUGGAUGAACAGCGACUUCGACAAGCCUUGGGAAGCGUCUUGGAGGAAAAGGAUCUAUUGACCUUCCAACCAGCCAGAGGAAGCCGGCUUGAGGCGUCCGGUGUCCGCUGUUGGGACUUCAUGGUGGAUGAAGAACUUCCAGCCAGUCGGGCAAGCCGAGAUGACUUAGGAGUGCCAUCACAAUUUUCAGAGGCCGCCGCCGCCAUCCUGCUUGCGGCCUCCGAAAACAUCGAGAGGGGCGGCAAAGGCAAGGGCCGCAAAGGUCGUCGCGAGCGAAACGGCGAGCGAAACGGCGAGCGAAACGGCGCGCGUCGCGAUGUGGCGCUUCAGACGAGCCGCAGCCUUCAGCCAUGGGCGUUACGUCGCGCGCUGGCUGUCUGCGGAGGAUUGAGCACCCGGGGCCAGGCGGAGGCUCCUCGACCACGGGCCAGAGCUGUUGCCAAGCCCAAGCAGACCGUGACCCCUGGAAAGGUGGUGGGGGUGGCUGUCGUCGGUGCUGGUGUGGCAAUUGGUACAAGUCCGCAGCUUCGAGAUGAUAUUCAUCGAGUGCUUUCCAGAGCAAAUGAUGCUUUUGAGGAUUUUAACGAUGCCUCUCGAGAAUACUUCGAAAAAAUCGGAGAUCGCUUUGUUUCCAGUAAGAAGGAGCCAUGGCUUGUGGACAAAGCGACUCUGCAAUAUCCGGAGAACAUACCCACUUUGGUUCUUGACGUGGACAAGGUGAUUUUGAAAUUGGAACAUGACAGCAAAAAGGGCUGGCAAGUGAUCAAAAGACCCUUCGCGGACAAAUUCUUCAAGGAGAUUCCGCACUACUAUGAGGUGGUUCUCUUUUCUGAUGAUGUUUUUCCAGUGGCGCUUGACAUUGCGAGCAAGUGGAAUAUUCCAGUGACGGGCGUUUUGCACAGGGACUUCUGCAAGAAGAAAAGGAACCACUUCGUGAAGGACUUGUCCAAGUUGGGCCGUAACCUUGAUCGAGUGCUGAUGAUCGAUCACGAUCCAGUGGCCUUUGAACUACAGCCCAAGAAUGGCAUUCUGAUCCGACCCUUUGAAGGGGACCCUUCUGACACUGAGCUGGCAGACUUGUUGGAAUUCCUCAAGGCUGCCGCAUCCACCAACAUGGACCUGCGUAAGUUUGUGCAGAAGUAUGGUGGCGGCGAUGAGGAUGUGGGCAGGCGGUAUUUGCUGGAGAAGCAAGAGCAGGGGAAGUUGAUCGAGAAAAAACGAGUGCUUGGCAGGGCCAUUGGGGCUCGCUCUGGCUUUGCGGCUCCCGGUCAGGCACCAACCUUUGGCCAAGUUCCUCGAUGA